AUGCCGAGAAGAUCAACUCGACAACGUACCGUUAAAAAGCUGGAUGACGAUUAUGAAUACGAAGAUACAGCAGGAAAGAAGAAAAAAGCAGCUGCUAGUACAACAACACCUAAGAAAAAUCAAGCAACAAAAAGAAAGGCUUCAACGGAAGAGGUUGAGGAAGAAGAGGAUGUAAAACCAUCAUCAUCAACAAUUUUACUCUCUGCUCCACCGGUGCAACCUCCUAAAGAGAAAAAGACUACGAAAAAACGUAAAACAAAGAAGGAAAAGGAAGAGGAACAGAGGGAAAGUCUCAAGUUGAGAGAAAAAUUGCACAAGGAAAUGGAGGAGGCAAAGGAAAUGGAAAAACGUAACAUGGAGGAAAUGAUUAAAAAAGAGAAUGAAAAGAAGAGACUAGAGGAAGAAGCUAAGAAAAAAGAGGAAGAUGAAGCUAAAAAUUCAACCACCUCUCCAUCUCCAUCAUCAACAACUUCAUCAACACCUGCAUCAUCAAAAUCAUCAAAAUCAUCAAAAAAGAAGCCUAAGGAAGUUGAACCACAACAACAGGACAUGAGUGACGAUGAAGAAGAGGAAGAAGAUGAAUCUCUUGGAUUUUCCGAUUUACAAAGAGUGAUAAAUCUCUCUAAUGAUGCAUUGGAAAAACCAGUACUUAUCCAUGGUGGAUUUAUAAAGGUACUUAAACCUCAUCAAUUGGAAGGAAUUCGUUUCUGUUGGAAGCACAUUUCAAAAGGAAGAGGAUGUGUUUUGGCCCACAGUAUGGGUCUAGGAAAGACCUUGCAAAUGAUUGCUCUCGUGCAUACAUUAAUGAUUUCUAGCAAUAUGAAAACAAGAAAUAUUUUAAUUGUGUGUCCUAAGAGUGUCAUUUUGAAUUGGGAUGCAGAAUUUAGACAAUGGCUUGAUAAAUGUGUUCAUGCUACAGUCUCAAUACGUACCAUUAAGGAUAGGGACAAGAGUUAUGAAAGUAGAUUGAAAAAGUUACAAAAAUGGAAAAAGAGGGGAGGUAUUCUCAUUCUCUCCUUUCAAAUGUUUCACAGAUUCCUUGGUCACUACAGCAAAGAUAAAGAUUAUGAAAGUUUAGCCUAUCAGAAAAAUCAACUCCAACAAUACAAAGUUCAAAAAGAAACAAGGAGAUCACUGGGAAUUUCUACUCUGGAUCUUGAAGCCACAAUUAAGGAUUUGGUAGAACAAACUGAAAAAACAGAAAAAAAGCUUCGACAGAGAGAAGAUUUCGAAGAAGAAGCAAGUGAUAUUAUCAUUAAUGGUACUCAGCUAGUUAUAGUUGAUGAAGCUCACAGAAUGUGUUCCAACACAGAUAUCUACAUCAAUCAAGCUCUUAAUAGACUCGAAACUCAAUUAAGAAUUGCACUUACAGGAACUCCAGUUCAAAACAAUUUGAUGGAAUACUACGCAAUGAUAAAUUGGAUUAGAAAGGGAUAUUGGACAAAUGAGGAAUUUUUCGGAUUCUUUUCCAAACCAAUUCAAUCAGGUAUGAGAAAGGACUCUGAUGAUCAGGCUGUAGAAGAAAUGAAAAAGAGUUCCUUUUUAUUGGUGAAAGAAUUGGAAGAAUUUAUCCACCGUAGAGAUCAAUCGGUUUUAAGAGAUAGUUUACCUCCAAAACACGAAUAUGUCAUUAGUUUCAGAGUGAAUCCAUUACAAGCCAAGCUAUACAAGGCCUUUGCUGAUGCUCGUCAAAGAGAAGAACGUAAAUAUGGAGCAGGAUCUGCUUCAGGCUCUGGACUUUUUGAUCCAAAGUUUUAUAGUCAACCGUUAACGAGAGAGCAAAUUGAUAGCUCCUCUAAAACUUUAUUUUAUCUUUCAGUUUUAUUGAACAAGAUUACAAACCAUCCUGACCUUGUCAGAAUGUACUGUGAAAGAAGAGAUUUUACUUAUGAAGAUGCCAUGAAGCACCCUGGAGUUUUCAUUACCAGAGAGGAAAUGCAAGAAAAGAGAUAUCAAAACGAAGAAGAUGAGGAUGGAAUGUAUGAUGAAGAUGAACCAGAAACUCCAAAAGUCAAAAAGAGUGAAUCUCCAAUCAAAACUGGCUCAGCUAGUUCUAUCAAGAAUGAAUCUCUCAAGAGAGAAUCAUCUUCAUCUGGUGUGAAGAGUGAGCCAAUUUCAUUAGAUGACGAUGAAGAUUUGUUCAGUAUGGACUUGUUGGGCUCAAUAUCAUCACAACCAAAAACACCUUCUUCUUCAACAACCAAAAAGGAAAGUCCCUUCUCUGAAGACAAGAAAUUACAACCUAAGAAAGAGGAACCUAGAUCCAAAAAAUCCUCUGCCAAGUCUAAAAAGGAAGAUAAUGACACUCCUAAAUCUAAGAAGAAUAAGAUUAAAUCCUCCCUUGAUGAAGAGGAUGAACUGGAAGAAGAUUUUGAUAAUGUUAACGCUAAGGCCGAAGAGGAAUUGGGGCAUAAUCUCUUUUGGGCAGCACCAGUUCUAGCAAAUGACUACAAAUUACACAAUGCUAGGAAUAGUCCAAAAAUGGAAUUCUUGUUGAGAAUUAUUGAAAAAUGUUAUCUCAACAAUGAAAAGAUAUUAGUUUUCACUCAAUAUGUAGAAAUGUUGGAUGUUAUGGAGGCUGUUUUCAAACAUACUCCAAUUGUGGUUGGAACCGAGGAAGAUGAAGAUAAUCAAACUGUUCCUAUUAGGAAAACUCUUUCUAAGGGAGAUGAUUAUCUUAGAAUGGAUGGAUCAAUUUCAGGCAGAGCCAGACAGGACUUAGUCGAUAGUUUUACAGAAGAAUCAACAGCUCAUGUUUUUAUUAUCAGUACAAAGGCAGGUGGUUUAGGUAUCAAUUUGAUAGCUGCAACACGAGUCGUUAUUUUUGAUCCGUGUUGGAAUGAUACUUGGGACAAGCAAGCAUUGUUUAGAGCAUAUAGAUAUGGUCAGAAAAAACCUGUCUAUGUGUAUAGAUUUGUUACUUAUGGAUCCGCAGAGGAAAAGAUUUUCAAUCUGAGUACUGCCAAAGCUUGGUUGGCAAAACGUAUUGUAGACGACAAGACUCCAGAUCUCAUUAUGAAGAAGGGUGAUUUGGAAAUUUUGAAUCAGGCCCUUAGUAUUGAGGAAACCAUGACUGAUAAGCUUCUUCUCAAUCCUAAACAGUAUCAGGAAGAUCCAAUACUAAAAGAUUUAUUGGGUGUUAAUUGGAACUAUUCUGAAGAAGUUAUUGAUCCACUCAAGCCAGUACACAUCACUAUUGAUGAAGACGAGGAAAAACCAGAGGAUAAACAAGCCAAGAAACCAGAUACAUUCUAUCCAGAAGAGGAGGAAGAUCUCUCUGGCGAAUUCAAUGUCCAACGUAAAAUUAAGAGUGUUUUCAGAUAUGAUUCCCUCUUUGUGGAAAAUGAGAGUCUUCGUCUUGAAGAGAGUGAACAAGAACGUAGUAUCUCUGAAUAUGAACAAAGGAGAAAGGAUGCACGUGAAAAUCCAGGUAAAUUACUUGCUGAGAUUAUGGCAGAUGAUCUCUAUGAUCCUAGCAUGCUUAUUUCACCUUCUGCACUUGUACCUUCAUCGGUGGGAGUUUUACCAAACGUGGAUGGUCCAUUGACUCCAGCUUUAGAGUCAUCCAGAUUGGGUUUAUUGGCCAGAUUACAACAAUUCAUUCAAGCUCAGGAUAAUAAUGCAGAUAAUGAAAGUAAUGCCGAUAGAGAGGCAACCACAACACUCAAUACUAUGUGGCAACAAGUUUCUGCUAACGAAGGUGUAAUGAAAAUGAUUAACAAAUUGAGGAAGAGAAGACAGAGAAUGAUUGCAGCCCAAGGAUUAUCUGCAUCACAAGCAAACACUCCUCAGAGUAUGACUCCUACCACACCAAGUCUGCCACCUUCUUCAUUCACAUUUGAUGCAUUGCAACAAAAUAAUGGUUAUGCAUCCUCACCACCACCAUUCAGUUUUAACAACCCAUCUCAAUUUAACUUGAUGCCACCACCAUCUUCCUCAUCAGUUGCUUCAUCCUCUCGUGGUCCAAUUUUCUCAAUUCCUGUCAUUUCAGCAGAUGAACCAAUUGAAAUUUCACCUCUCCCUUCCUCAACAGCAACAAGAAGAACCAAUGCAACACCUUUUAACAAUUCCAUUUCUUUAGACUCUGACGAUGAUGAAUAAACAUUUACAAUACCAACCUUG